GGUUAAGUAACMUCUCCAAGGUCACACAGCCCAGAAAUGGUGGGACAGUAAGAGCUCAAACAUAGCUGUUGGUAGAUCAGACUGGACAGACUUUCUGUGAACUCUUCCUACAGUGGCACUUAGUGCUGGGGUUUGUGGCUGUGCUCUCCCUUGCUGGAGGGCUGGGCAACGCAGCAUUGUGGCACACAGGGGUUCUCUGACCCCUCGGCCCARCCUGCAGGACCUGGGGGUGGGGAAGGCACCAUGCCGGGAUCCGGGGGCGACUGGCGGCAGGCGGGGCCGGGCGGGGCCAGGGAGCCCGUAAAAGCAGCACAGGCCUCGGCUUGGCACUGACACUGCAGCCAUGGCACGUUCUCACCUCCCGCUGGCGAUGGGCCUGGCUCUGAUCGCGCUCUGCCUCCUGGCGCUGUCCCCUGACGCCCGCGCUGAUCUGCGGGGCCGCAGGACUGGAGAACGCCAGGACCUGGCUCCCAACGACCCGCAGGUGCAGAGGGCGGCGCAGGCAGCUGUGGCCAGCUACAACAUGGGCAGCAAUAGCCUCUACUACUUCCGCGACACGAACGUCAUCAAGGCGCAGAGCCAGCUGGUGGCUGGCAUCAAGUACUACCUGACAGUGGAGAUGGAGAGYACAGCGUGCCGGAARACCAGGGUCUCUGGAGACCAUGUGGACCUCACCACCUGCCCCCUGGCCACAGGGGUGCAGCAGGAGAAACUGCGCUGUGACUUUGAGAUCCUCGAAGUCCCUUGGAAGAACUCUUCUCAGCUUCUCAAACACAACUGUGUGCAAGUGUAAUCGGCYCCCAGGCGGGAGCGGAUGAAGGGACACAUGGUGGAGGGCACCUCAGAGCCAUCGCCACAUCUUCUGCAAUAAAUCACUGGCACUGUU